AUGGGCGCAAGAUCGUACUGGCAUGAACCCUAAUAUCGAACUAAUACUUCAAACGAUAACGUGCUAAUGCAAUCCGCAAUAAUGCGACGCGAUGGACAGAAUAAAAACUAAUUAUCUUACUAGUUUAGACAGACGAUUGUAUUGAAUUCAGUGGAGCACAAGCACUAGUCAUGGUUACGAUGGAAAGAAAAGCACAUUUGAUUUUGGCAUCAAGUAAUACAUUAGACUAGAAAGAAUAAGCCUAUAGCCGGAGUGGAUAGAGUGAGAACAAGAACUACAGACGCAAUAUUCUUAUUUUAACAUUCGCUAGUUACUAUUUGACAGACCAAUACACCAUGGUGACUUCCGUCAUUAGUGUCCUAUUUGUCGUUGCAUGCAUUCUUCAUCUUUGUGCAGUUUGUCUUCAUUGUCUUUGCCUCUUUCGUCUUUCUUAAUAAGAGACCUCACGCGAGAGAGAGAGAGAGAGAGAGAGAGAGAGAGAGAGAGAGAGAGAGAGAGAGAGAGAGAGAGAGAGAGAGCUGUUGAUUCAUGGAAGCAGUUGAAGACAUAGUGAUUGUUGGUGCCGGCAUAGCAGGCCUCACUACAGCUUUAGGACUUCACAGGCUUGGCAUUAAAAGCUUGGUUUUGGAGUCGUCUGACGGGUUGAGAACCACAGGGUUUGCCUUUACGACAUGGACAAAUGCUUGGCGGGCCUUGGAUGCGGUCGGCAUCGGCGAACCGCUCCGCCAACAGCACAACCAACUUUUUGGGUUGGUGACCUCUUCCCGAGCUUCUGGACUUUCUACAGCUGAUAGACAACCUGAUGCCACGAGGACACAACGUGUCCAUGAAAUUCGUUGCUUGCAGAGGAAAACCUUGUUGGAAACUCUUGAGAAAGAACUUCCUAGCGGCACUAUAAGGUAUUCCUCCAAGGUUGUGUUGAUCGAGGAAUUGGGCUACCCUAAGCUGGUCCAUCUUUCUGAUGGGUCAAUUCUCAAGGCGAAGGUGUUAAUUGGGUGUGAUGGAGUGAACUCAGCAGUGGCAAAAUGGCUAGGCUUCAAGAAGCCUGCUUUUGUUGGCCGAUCUGCCAUCAGGGGCUCUGUGUAUUAUGAGCAUGGUCAUGGUUUCGAGCCUAAAUUCUUCCAAUACAUUGCUGAAGGUGUUAGAUCUGGUGUCGUCGCUUGCAAUGACAAGUCUAUAUAUUGGUUCUUCACUUUUUCUUCUUCCAGCAAGAAUGAAGAGAUGGAAGAGAGUCCGGCCAAGAUGAAGCAAUUCGUGCUGGCAAAGCUUGGAAAAACACCGGACAACGUGAGAGCUGUUAUCGAGAAAACAGAACUGGAUAACAUAAUAUUGUCGCCGUUGAUAUUUCGACCCCCGUGGGAGAUUCUGCUUGGAAACAUAAGCAAAACCAAUGUCUGCGUAGCCGGAGACGCAUUCCACCCCAUGACGCCAGACAUCGGCCAGGGAGGCUGUGCGGCUCUAGAAGAUGGCAUUGUCCUAGCGAGAUGCCUGGGCGAAGCCUUGAGCGACAAGCAAGGCGUGAGCAGUGAAGAAGAGCACAAGAGGAUUGAGAUGGGCUUGCAGAGUUAUGCCAAAGAGAGAAGAUGGAGAGCAUUUGAGCUCAUAAGCACAGCUUACAUGAUGGGAUACAUCGAACAGAGCAAUGGCAGGGUAUUGAACUUCUUGAGGGACAGAGUACUGGCCAGCUUCUUGGCCCGGCAGAGGCUCAAGAUGGCGAGUUAUGAUUGCGGGAAGCUGAGCGCUUCUUGAAUUACCCUAUUUGUUUACUUAUCAAUGUGUUCUGUGCGAGCAUUUAUACGGGCCGACCUCAUCAUGCAUCAUAUACAGAAUACUAAUAGGGGAGAUAGUUAUGUUAAGUUGUGAUCGGUUUGCUUUG